AUCUCCGUCCGCUAUAUUAAGUAAGACUAACUUUUUCUCGCGUGCGUUUUAUUAAAAGUAAGUUGGGUAAAGGGUAUACGAGAGAAAGUAGAUUAUAAUAGAUACAGUGUGGUAUGUUAAGGAAGAUCAGGCAUCGUUUCACGUUUAUACUCUUAGCGCAAUUGAAUGAGUUCGUAAGAAUUAUGGUUCUCAACACGUGAUUGUGGAAUAUACACAUCAUUGUGGUUGAAUAUACUUUUCCAGAUUGGAUAUUUUUGUAAGGGUAAUUUUGAAAAUUUGUACGUAUGAUAAGGCAUGCAAGAUUUCUUUCGUUCUGCAAUAAUUAUCACUGUGAUUGUCUAUCACUGUUGUUUUCUUCAAAUUUGUGAGGCAUCCUGUCAUCAGUCAAGAUCACGAAAACUUACAUCUUCCAAAAUGAGAGAUGUUGAUAGAUUUUUUGACGAGUUGAGCACACAUAAGGACACUCACCCAGCGACUUUCCGCAUAUGUGAUAACAUUACGGUUCCUAUAAAAUUAUCACCGAAUUCCAGAGAAAGCGUGUUUUUGAAUAUGCUGGAAAUAGGUAACUCAAUUUUAAUACGACUCAGAGGAUUUGUUAGAUGCAUCAUAACUGAAGAUCGACGACAACGAGAUAUUUAUUUAAACAGACUUAAACGUAUUACAAUAUCCUUUGAAGAGGAAAAGAGGGACGCGCAGAGCUGCGUUUCACGGUCAACAAGCGUCCCUUCAACGCCGAAGUCGUUUUGUUUAGCUUGCGCUAAAAGCUUUUUGGACAGUAUUUAUGUAGCGAAGAAUCUAAAACGGAAUCCAGACUGGGCUCAAGAAUACGAAAAGUCAUUGGAACAUUUAAUGGAUUGUGAUAAACAGCAUUGUACCAGUACACAUAUUGGGUAGUUUCUCUUGAUAUCAAAUCUGCUGUGAAAUGGCAGCCCAUAAUAUGCUCUCUACAAGGAAAACCAUUCAGAUGGCCGAUUCCGAUAACCAUAUAGUCUUCUCUACACCAAACUGUUCCUGCGGAGAGGUCUGAAUCUACUGUUUAAGGACUUUUGAUCGUAUACGAUGGAAAAUCAUUUUUUGUUUUUGAAAUCAUAAAAGAUAAACUUCUCCAGUGUUAUUUUUUAUAUUACAUUCCCAUUUAUAUUGA